UAAGGAAACCAAAGAAAAGAGUUCAUUUGGCGGCACUGUGCUGCAGGAACAACAACCACUGUUGAAGUCAAGUGUAGAACAAGAUGCCGGAAACAUUGCCAGCAACGGCAACGGUGAGCGCCAGCAGCAUAGAUUGCACCGUGGCGCUGCUUAAGGUGCCCUCACCCACGAUGCAAAUGCCGCAGGCAUGCAAUUUACAAAGUCUCGGUCUCGUCAUGGAGCCGAAUAACAUAAAUAUCGAGCUUAAUCCUGCGAGCUUCCAGAUGAUGACUAUGGAUAUAACCAAAACUGAACCCGGACUUGUCGGGCUUACAUCCACUCAGCAGCAACAGCAGCAGCAGUCGGCGCAGCAGCAGCAGCAGCAAAACGCCAACAUGAACAAUAAUGUGCAGCAGCAACAACAGCAGCAGCAGCAGCAGCAACAACAACAAAACAAUGGCCUCAGCAAUGGAAACAAUAACAACAAUAAUGUGCAAAGCAUUGCUGCGGCCGCCAACAACAACAAUAACAACAACAAUAAUGGCAGCCAACUAUGCGCCGGCUGCGGCAAGCACAUUCAGGACCGUUAUUUGUUGCGCGCUCUCGACAUGUUGUGGCAUGAGGAUUGCCUCAAAUGCGGCUGCUGUGACUGUCGCCUCGGCGAAGUAGGCUCCACGCUUUAUACUAAAGGCAAUCUAAUGCUUUGCAAACGCGAUUACUUAAGGCUUUUUGGUAACACGGGCUACUGCGCCGCCUGCAGCAAAGUUAUACCGGCUUUCGAAAUGGUCAUGCGUGCACGCACCAAUGUCUAUCAUCUGGAGUGCUUUGCCUGUCAGCAAUGCAAUCAUCGAUUUUGCGUUGGCGAUCGUUUCUACUUGUGCGAGAACAAAAUACUCUGCGAAUAUGAUUACGAGGAGCGCCUGGUGUUUGCCUCAAUGGCCAAUCAUCCCAUGUUGAAGCGUCAUGUCUCCUCGUUGGGUCAGGGCUCGCCAACUGGCACUGCUGGUGCCGCUGGUGGUUUGCUGGGCGGCGGACCUGGCGGUGUUAGUGCCAAUGUGAAUGGCGGUGGUCCGCUGGUGAAUGGACCGCGUACGCCGGGCGAUCACAACAAUAACAAUGGACCACAAACACCCACCGGGGGUGGUUCACCGUUUGCUACUGCGGCCGCAGCAGCUGCAGCUGCCGCGCAUAUGAAGAAUCAGUUGGGUGCCUCCAGCUAAAAUAAAGCCCUCGGCAUGAGCAGC